AUGCAAUUGAGCGACGAUCGGGUAUGGAUCGAUGGCUGUUUUGAUUUUACACACCAUGGCCACGCCGGUGCGAUUUUACAGGCUCGACAGACGAUUGAAGGAGAUGGUGGGACACUGAUCUGUGGUGUUCAUAACGAUCGAGAAAUAGAAAUGAAUAAGGGCACAUUGCCCGUUAUGACCAGUCGUGAAAGGUAUGAGCAUACGAGGGCCAAUCGCUGGUGUGGUGAAGUUGUCGAGGAUGCGCCCUAUGUUACACAGCCGGCCUGGUUGGACCGGUACGGCUGCCGUUACGUGGUCCAUGGAGAUGAUAUAACGUUGGAUGCAAACGGAGAGGACUGCUAUCAAGAAAUGAAGGAUAUCGGAAGGUUUAGGGUGGUGAAGAGGACAAACGGAGUCAGCACUACGGAAAUUAUCCAUCGGAUCUUGACUGGGAGUAAAGGCUCCAACGACCGAGCGAGUUUGGAAGAUCUAAAAAGGUACGCCAGUGGACCAGACGGCCACUCAAGACAUUGCUACGUUUUCCAAGGGACUUUAGAUCACGUAUUGGUGGAAGGCAAUUUUAAAUUAUGUCCUGAAGAGUUCGUGUUGGUACGUGGGACAUUUGAUCUAUUCCACAUGGGACAAAUCGACCAACUGGCACAAGUGAAAUCGCUCGAAGGAAAGAAAAUCAUUGCAGUGAUUGAGGAUUCUAACGAUUGUAUCAUGAGUCCAAAAGAGAGGGCUUUGAGUGUUUUAAGUUGUAGGCAUCUUGACGGAGUGGUCAUUCAGCCAGAGAUAAAACAAGUUGAUUAUGAGAUAGAUGAUGAUAGACUUACUCAAGGCAGUGAAUUUCAGUACUUGACCUGUGGCGUGAUCGUUGAGAGGAUCGAGCGCCAGCGAGAUGCCUACGUGCGCAGGAAUGUUCGCAAAGGCAUGCCAAGCGCAUAG